CCAAACCGGAUCCAAGAAUUGCUCGCUUUUAUUCCAGAUCGACUACAGCUGACUGCGUAGUCGAUAAAACACGCAAAAUUCCCGAAAUUUCGAAUACCCCAAAUUUCGCUACUAGUUACAAUAACUUGGUUAUAAAGUCAGAAGUGACUGAUUUUUACUGUCCGACUGGAGACAGAAACGUGAACGAAUUAGCUGACCCGAGGAACCUAGUUGACUCUCGGGAAGUUGUCGCGACACCUGAGCAUCAAUCAUCAGAGCUGGAUAUUUCGGCAUCAACCCUGUCGUCUCUCAGUGCCACCGCUGCGCCACUUCAUCUUCAUAACAAUAACAAUAGUCAUAGCUCCGCGGGAACUUCAGUGCUACACUCGGGACAACAGCAGCACCAACAGAAGCAGGGUGGUAAUAACAGUAUCAACGCAGUGUUUUCAGCAGGAGGCGGAGCAGGAGUAGCAGGUGUGAACAACAGCAGGAAGAGACCCCUUCGCGAGUCUCCGGGGGUUGGAGGAGGAGUUUUGGACCAGCCGCACCAACACCACCCGUUGGCUGCAGCCGCAAUCUCCGCCCACGAGGACCACCUGGACCAGAACAGUCCAAAACGACACAACAUGGAGGACGAGCAGCAAAGUGGUCUGCAUAUCGACUCUGGUUCGGCACCCCCUAGCGACUGCGACCUGGCACUGAACGCGUAUCUUCAUGACCCGAACGACGACAACAAAUAUCAGCUGAAAAUGACAAUCCCAGCAUACGCUGCCGGGUGCAUCAUCGGCAAAGGCGGGUCCACCAUUGUGGAAACUCAGAAAAACUUCCACGCUGUGAUCAAGCUAUCCAAAGCUAAUGAAUGCUAUCCAUUCACGAAAGAGAGAGUGGUGCUGAUUGUGGGUUCUAUGAAGGCACUCCAACAGUCGGGCAGGUUCAUCCAGGAAAAAGUCAGAGAGGCGGUUGACCUCUUUGGACAGAAACUAACGGAAGAAAACCCCCCUGCAGAUCAAAGAGCUAACAUGGCUAAAAUUCUAAUCCCACACACGACUGUAGGAAUGCUAAUCGGGCGACAGGGUUGCAACCAACGGGCAAUUCAAGCUGAAACCGGAGUUAGGAUGGAGUUUUCACCAAAACCAGACUUCAGUCCAAUCAUGGAAAGAUGUCUCACCCUCUCUGGCUCGGCUGUCCAGAUAAACAUGGCCAUGGACAAAGUCCUGGAAAAGAUCAAAGCCGAUCCGCAAAGUGGAAGCUGCCCUAAUUUAGUGUAUAACAUGGGUGGCAACAUGUCAAGUGUGAUGGGUGAUCCCUCAGGUUACGCUAUGGCGUCUGCUAUGAAUUUGGAACACCUUCUUAAACUUGCCUACGCGAAUCCCUACGCUUUGCAAGCAGCGGCCGCCGGACAACCGACCGCCGCCUCUUUCGCAUAUCCCGGUGCCGCAUAUCUUGCAACCCCCGGAGGAGCCGGUGCUGCUUCUGGACUGUACCAGAGUGCUCUGGCCGCAAACCAAGCUAUGCUGGACCAACAGACCGCAGCUUUGUAUGCAAGCAUGGGUCUCGCUGCGUCUCCUGGGUUCCACGGAGGUCUCGGAUCCCAAGGAGCACCUGGACAUCAACAGCAACAGCAGCAUAUGAUGCCUGCAGUAACUUCUCAGCAUCAUGGAUCCCAACAUAACGCCGCACUCGCAGCCGCUCAAAGAGCAAACGCGCUUCAAAAAGAAGGACACACGUUAACAGCGUUGAACAGCAAUGCGUUAUUAGGGGGUAAUUUGACCCAACAAAAUCAACAGCUUUUGGCGGCAGCUGGACUUCUGCCAAACGGAAGCGGGACUCUAGGCGCAAGUGGAAACCAAAAUGCGACCGGUCAUUUUUUAGCCGAUAACUCCAGUGGGGCAAACUCAGUAUCGGGGGCUCUUAACAACCCCUCGAGUCUGACCUCGGCCCUGGAAGCACCUGGAGUGUACAUGACAAGUCUUCCAAGCUCAAUGAGCCAGUCAUCUGGCGGCGGGUUCCAGAGCAGUUUCAACAACAACAGUUCAAGUGGCAGUCUACAGAACUUUUCAGGAAUAUCCGAGCAACAAUUGAAUCCGAAUUUAACAGUCGAAACUUUACUGAGAAGUCAGCAGAACUCACAAAACAGUUUGAUUGACAGUUCAAAUCAAAAUUUAUUGAACCCUUUGAACACAAGUGCCUUGCAAAACGCAGUGAACCAAAACGGGCAGAACACUGGAUCCACGAACAACCAUCUUUUCCGAAAUGGAAUCCAAGAUUCCCAGGUUCAGUCUGGACACGGCCCUGACAACCCGAACGCUAUAAUGUCUCACACUAUGGAAGUGGAAGACAACAUCGUGGGUGCAGUUUUGGGUGUAGCCGGGAAAACCUUAAUUGAGAUCCAGAACUUGUCCAAUACAAGAAUCCAAGUGUCGCCUAAAGGUGAACCGAGUUCGGAGCUGCGACGAUUGACAAUAAUGGGAUCUCCUAAGGCUGUGAUGACUGCUGCUAUGCUAAUUGAACAGAGAAUAAGAAUGACGCAAGAAAUAAGAGCUCUACAGGGAAAAGUAACAGUGUGAAAUAUUUAGAUCUGAGAUCAAAACUUUCACGUGGCUAAUAACAAAAAAACAUGUUCAGAGAUCGUUUAGUGCUUACGACAUGAAUCGAAUUCAAGCUCUUAACAGGUAAAAACUGAAUAAACUAAUCAAAAUUUACUAUUUGACUAUUUAUUUUUCUAGAAGUUAUAAAUUUUUGUGAUUAUUUGAAAUGUCUUCCUGAAAAGUUAUUGAGCAGUUUAGUGCAGUAGUAAAACUAGCGCAUAUUUAUUGGAUUAUUACUUUGAUAAUUUCUCAAUAUUUACUUUUUAUUCGUCUCUUUCGAAAUUUCUCUAAAAUUGUAGUUUUAAGUUUAUAUGGUGCUCUUUGGUAUUUUGAUGCCCACAGUCGUGGGCCUUCUUACCUCCUUUCCUAAGUGUAACUUAUGCAGUUUAAAGUUGUUAUAACUAAUUAUUGCUGGUUUAUUAAAAACAUUUCGGCUAUUGAUCUGAUCUGCAGAACUGCGAUUAGCUUAAAGUUAUUAUUUAGAUUUUAGAAGUAGGAUUCAAAGUUGCCUUACUUGUGACUAAAAAUCAAAAUUCUUGCUACUGCCUUAUGUUUAAAUUUUGCUUUUUAGAAUAAUUUUGGAUUUUUCAAUCCAAAUUCAAAAAAUUUCGAAUAUACUGAAAUUUACAGCAUUCCUCAAAUGUCGAAACUUAUCUUUUAGCCAAAAUAUCGCUAACAAGUGUUCCAAAGAAAAACCUACUUAUGAGAAUUUAUCUUUAAAAUGUAAUUUGAAUUUUUCUGCUUCAUUUUUUAAGUUCGUACAUGGUAGGAUUAGCUUCCGAACAGAGAAGUUUUUCUGAGUAUUAACUAAAUCAUUCAUUACUGGAAUUUAAAAAAUCUCAUUU